AUGGAUUCCAAUUUAAACACUCUUGGAGAAAACAUCAAUCAGCUAGAAACUCGUUUCGAUACGUUACGCGAGGAGGUCAUUUCGAAAUUAAAUCAAUGUAGUGAUUGUAUUAAAUCUGCUAAGCAAUUAUAUCAUCAAGCAACAGAAAUGACUACCGUCUUAGAAAACAAAUUAGUUAAUGCAUCAAAUGAAGAAAAAGAAUGGAAAGAUAUCAAAGCUAAAUUAGCAACAACAUCAAUUCAAGGCAAAGUUAUACUUGAUGUUGGAGGUGAUAAAUAUGCUACAAGUGUUGAGACAUUAACACGCGAAAAAAAUACUUUCUUCACUGCACUCUUCUCUAAACAAUGGCAACUUGAAAGGGAUCCUGAUGAUAAAAGUAUAUUCAUUGAUCGAAAUGGUAAAAUCUUUACGUACAUUCUUGAAUAUUUGCGUUCGAAUACGGUGCCACCUAAUGUUAUGAAAGAUACAACACUUCUAAGUAGUCUUUUCAUCGAAGCCGAAUAUUUUCGUUUACAUGCUCUAAUCGAUAUAUUAACGGAUAUGUAUUUUCCUGAUGGAACAUUACUUCAAAAAGAACAUAAGAAGAAACUAAAUGAAUUUUAUGGUAAGACUAAUCAACAAUGGGAAUUGAUUUAUAAAGCUUCACGUGAUGGAUUUGAUGUGAAUGCAUUUCAUUCACGUUGUAAUAAUAAAGGACCAACAAUGACAAUUAUUCAAUCAAAUAAUAACUAUCUUUUUGGAGGUUAUACAGCCAUUCCAUGGACUUCGAAUGUUACAUAUGUGAAUGAUACUACAGCUUUUUUAUUCACUUUGACCAAUCCUCACGAGAUUCCACCGACUAAAUACCUCAUUAAUCCUGGUAACAUAGGAAACGCAGUUCAACAUCACAGUGGCUACGGUCCAACAUUUGGAAGCGGCCACGAUAUUUAUCUGGCAAAUGGUAGCAAUUCGAACAAUUCAAGUUACACUAAUUUCCCUCAUGGAUAUCUCGAUACCACUGGAAAGGGUAAUAAUACAUUCACUGGAGCUCUGAAUUUUACCACAUCUGACAUUGAAGUUUACAAAUUAGCUUAA